UCUCGAGAGAAAACCUAAACCAGAUCCAGAUCCGGGUCUGACACCGGACCCCCUCCCCCAUCGAGGACGCGCCACCCCCUGCCGUCGAUUCUUUCCCGGCGCCGAGCAAGCCCCUCCCCGACCCGUCGCCGUCGGCCUCCCAGCUCGCCCCUCCCGCCCCUGCCCCGUUCGCGCCUCCCCGACCCCUGCCGCCGACCUCCGCCGGCUGCGGCUGACGCCGUCGACAACUCCUCCCCAACUCUGCAGCCUUCAGCCUCCCGCAAGAAGAUCGAGAUAGGAGCCUGAGGCGGUCAGGACAGAACAGUUGGGUACUACUUUAAAGCUGACACAUACCUGGAACAAUGCCGCCUCAUAAGAUAGAGACUGGCCACCAAGAUGUGGUGCAUGACAUCGCAAUGGAUUACUAUGGGAAGCGUAUUGCCACUGCCUCCUCUGAUAACACAAUCAAGAUCAUUGGCGUAAGUGGCACCUCGCACCAGCAACUUGCCACUUUGAGCGGACAUGAGGGCCCAGUCUGGCAAAUUGCAUGGGCUCAUCCCAAGUAUGGCUCCAUGCUUGCAUCCUGCAGCUACGAUGGUCGGGUCAUCAUAUGGAAAGAAGGGAGUAAGCCCGAUGAGUGGGCACAGGCACACACUUUCAAUGAGCACAAGUCUUCUGUCAAUUCCAUUGCUUGGGCGCCUCAUGAGCUCGGCCUAUGCUUGGCCUGUGGUUCAUCUGAUGGGAAUAUCUCAGUCUUCAUGGCUCGUUCUGACGGAGGGUGGGAGACGACGCGCAUCGAUCAGGCACAUCCAGUGGGAGUUACCUCUGUUUCCUGGGCCCCAUCAAUGGCGCCGGGUGCUCUAAUCAGCCCAGGGCCUUCUGGGCAGUUCGAGUACGUCCAGAAACUUGCUUCUGGUGGCUGCGACAACACGGUCAAGGUGUGGAAGCUCACCAACGGGAGUUGGAGGAUGGGCUGAUAACUAACCGCUGUACUAAACAGCCUUCUGGAUUGCCUUCUCUGUUGUUGCCUCAUGUAUUUGGGUAUAUCAUCGAGCGGUAUUGUAGUAAACAGCUCACCGGGCUUGCUACUAUAUACCACCAUGGGAAAUCGGCCCAUCACGCCGUGAGCUGCAGAAGCAGACCCAUCCUCGACGGUUGCCUUCUUCGAAGCUGUCUCACCAUCCAAGCCUUGAGUAGGUUUCUUCCAAGCCAUCUCGAGAUCCAAGCAUUCAGAAGGACGUGCCCAUUUGUGGGGGGUGAUCCUGGCAUUAGACCGGGCAGAUAACACCGAUCUCCACCAUGGGAAGAAGCUUCUCCUGGCGAGUUUGAGCUCCCAUCGUCUCGGUUUUCUCUUCCUCCUUGCAGCCUGGCUCUUGAGCGUCAAUAAAGGGCAUUGAGAUAUUAGAUGUUCCAGUGAAGCCUACCGGCAAGCGGCAACACUGCCUUGAGAUAUUAGAUGAUAUUUUUUUCCAAAGGGCAUUGAGAUAUUAAAUUGGCUGCUUUGUUUCACAAAUCCAAUUGUAUUUUAGCAUUAAGUAAAUUUCCUGGGUUACCACAAAUAUGAUGAACUAUACAGAAUUUGAUCA